ACAGGAUAAUGGUAGUAAUGCAGGAGUGGGUGGUAAUUUGAAUGGAGGCCUACCAACCGGUGGCCAUCCGGGCGGACCCGGUGGUGUCUGGGACCAAAUGGAGGAGGAAAUAUACCUGGAAGCAAUAAAACAAUGGGCGGACAUCAUCACGACUUAGCAAACUUGGUAGAAUGUAAACAGGAGCCUAACCGAUUCGCAGAUUUGCAAAAUCAACUGGAUAAGGAUGGAUCAGGGAAUGGACAGUUUCCUGGCUUAUCCGAUCUUGUGGGUGAUAAUACAAAUGAGGAAGGAGACGCACUCAUUAAGGAUCUAAUAUCGAAUCUUCCUGAAUUCCAUUCAGAAUUCCUGGAUUUCGAGGAGAAACCGUUGAUAGAUAUAAAGACAGAAGAUGGUAUUAAAUCAGAGAACAAUGCUCAGUCUCUAAUUGACAGUUUGAAUGUCAAGUCCGAAGGACCGCUUGGUCAAUUCAAUCCUAACGCGUUCGGUAACGACAACCAAGGGGGUAUUAACAAGAUGCGAAAUCAAUAUCAAAACGGUCCGAAUGCCCCCAUGUCAGAACUUUCACCUGCAGCUCAAACACUAAAACACAUGGCCGAGCAACAUCAGCACAAAAAUGCGAUGGGAAUGAACUUCCCGCGACCGCCAAUGCAAUCGCAUGCUCCGCCACAAAACCAAAUGAUGGGUGGCAACCGCUUUGGUGAUUUCAAUCCGUUCGCAAACGAUUUUAUGGGAACAAAUACAAAUCAAACGAACCCCUCAGCCGCAAUGCAACAGCCCCACUCACAGUCGCAACCGCAAGUUCCGCCAUCACAAUUCCAUAAAACCCAACAGUCACAAUCAUAUGUUGACAUUAAACAGGAGCUCUUCUAUUCAUCGCAAAAUGACUUUGAUCUCAAGAGGUUGCAGCAGCAACAACAACAAGCACAAAUGCAGCAACAACAACAGCAGCAGCAACAACAACAAAAUUCAAUUGGACCAGGGGGUAUGCCACCUAAUUCUAAAAUGGGACCAAUGCCGCCGGGAGCUGGAUUCAAUAAACCGUCGAAUCCUCAAACUCAGUCACAACAACAAAAUGCACAACAACAACAAUACUCACCAUAUGGUUCACCAAUGUCUGGUGGACCGAACAAUAGUGGAAGCCCCGGUGCGGGUUAUAUGCCAACGAGAGGCGGGAAUGGGCCUGCCGGAACAAAUCCUAAUGUGGGUCCUGGCGGUGGUGGUCAUAUGCCACCGGGUGGUAACAAUGGACCUGGACAAAUGCCUCAACAAGGUGUCCCACCAAAUGCUCAACAACGUCAACAAUCAGCCGGGGGACCGAAUUCAGCGACAGGACCACCUGGUGGUAAUGGGGUACCAAAUGCAGGUUCUGCAUCAGCGACAACAUUGCAGAUGAAGCAAACGCAACAACUACACAUCAGUCAACAAGCCGGAGCUCAUGGUAUUCAGGUUUCGGCUGGCCAACAUUUACAUCUGAGCGGAGAUCUCAAAAGCAACGUUUCGGUUGCUGCUCAACAAGGAGUUUUCUUUAGUCAUCAACAGCAGCAGCAUCAACAACAGCAGCAACAACAACAGCAAGCCCAGCAGCAUCAUCAACAACAGAAUAGCAAUAACUUAAGCAAUAAUCAGCAAUGCUCUCAGAAUCAAUCAGUCAACAAUUCUCAAGGAUCUUCCAACGAAUCCUACUCAAUGUCGCAAUCGCAAUCAAUCAACUUCAAUCAGCAGACGAUCAGGCAACGGCAAAGCCAUGUAGCAGCGGCCGCUGCCAAUUCAGUUGGAAUGGGUGGAGGUGCUGUGAGUGGAGGUCCAAAUCUAGGAGGUCAAUCUGGUCUCAAUCCCAAUGGACCUGGAAGUACAAAUGCAAUGGGCCAGCCUACAAAUGUACCACCCGGCUUAAAUCCACAAGCAAUGAACCAGAUGUCAGCUGGUGGAAACCCUCAGAUGGUUGGUCAGACCAGUGGCAUGCCUGGACAAGGAAUGCCAGGUGGACCUGGUAACCCGAUGCGAAUGAGUCAAGCGGCUUUGAGUCAAUCAAUGAACCAAAUGUCCCAUGGACCUGAGAGCAUGAUGGGAAUGGGAGGUAUGAAUCCUGGUAAUAUGAGUGGCAUGCCAAAUCAGAUGAGUGGAAUGGGAGGUAUGGUUCCAAAUGCCAUGGGAGGUAAUGGAAUGGGCUCAAAUUCGAUGCUAAUGGGUGCUGGUGGACCGAUGAAUAUGAAUCAAGCGAAGUUCAUGCAGCAACAACAGAUGCUGAGGGCGCAGGCUUUGCAGCAGCAACAACAGCAGCAUAUGGGUGGAAGCAGACCUCCACCACCGGAGUAUAAGGCAACGCAAGCGCAAUUGAUGCAGGCUCAGAUGAUGCACCAAUCGAGUGGUGGAAGAUUCCCGAAUGCAGCUCAAGCAGCGGCCAUGAGAAGAAUGAGUCAACAGCCAAUUCCACCAUCAGGUCCAAUGAUGCGGCCUCAACACUCGAUGUUUAUGCAACAUUCCGCCGCUGGUCACGUCGGUGGUCCUCGAAAUGCUCUUGGAGCAGGAGUUCCAUUCGGUGCCAGUGGUCCAAUGGGUGGCCCUCAAAGACCGCCGAAUGUUCAAGUGAAUCCGGAGGGUAUGCCAAUUGGUUCGCAACAAGAGUGGCGACAUAUCAUGAUGUCGCAACAGCAGAACAUGUCAUUUAACUCACAAGGAGGCGGUGGACCACAAAUGCGUCAGAAUGCAUUCAAUGCAGGUGCUCAUCAAGGUGGUUUCAUGUCGAGUGCGAACGCAGGUGGCAAUAAUCCAGGCGCUGGCAUGGGUGUCAGUGGAAUGCAAAUGACUCCAGCUCAAAUGCAGCAACAAAUGCUGCGAUCGCAACAGCAAAAUCAAAUGUCUCAACAAAACCCACAAAAUAUGUUAGUUGGACCUGGUAUGGGACCGAGUGCGCAGCAUCAGCAACAGCAAUCAGCUAUUCAACAAAUGCUCCAUCAGCAGCAGGACUCACACAACCAACAACAGCACCAGCAGCAAGGCAUGAUGACCCAAAUGCAGAUGGCCAGCAUGCACAUGUCGCAAACGCAACAAAUAACACUUCAACAACAACAGCAGCAGCAGUUCGUCCAACACUCCCAGCAAACCACGACGAAUCAACAGCAUUCAAUGAUUCAAUCCAUGGCCCAGGCUCAAGGUGGGGGUGGAGCCGGCAACGCGAACUCCGGGAACGUAAACAAUCAACAAAUCACAUCUUCCGCGUCCACAUCAGUUGCUUCAAUCAAUCAAACGAUAAAUUCGGUUGUGUCGAACACCAAUGACUUUGGGCUGGACUUCCUCGAGAAUUCAGGAGAUGUUGGCAAUCUGUCUGCGCAGGAUCUACUCAAUUCGUUGGAUAGUGAGAAUUUCAACAUAUUCUAAAGGAAAAGUUUUCAUAAGAACAACUUGCGGCGGAAUAGGUUACGCAGCGAAGGGACGAAAUUGUGUUUUUUACCGAAGCAAAUGUUCGGCUGUUGUGCUUUGUGAAUAGCUGAUCAAACAAAUGGAAUUAUACGAAGCGAAGUUUUAAGGAAGAAAGACCGAUGGAAUGCCAACGGUGAUCCUUGGUGAUAGUUUGUUGUUUAAAUACUUUUUAGAAAAAAAACUACAAAAAUUGGAAAAAAUUUACUUAGCAUAGGGAUUGUAAUAAGAAUUUCUUGGGGGAUAACCUCGCAUUCCUAAGGGAUGGGACACAUUUUAUGAGUAGCGUUCGUUCAUUAGGCCAUAUAUUACAUACUGCAAACACUACUACCAAUUUAAUGUGGACAGUAACAAAACAAACAUAUAUAUACAUACAUAUACAAGUUGAGAGG